UCGGUACAGUAGUGUUGCGGUCGGCUCUCGCCAGUGACAACGUGCUCGCGAUUGUGGUGGCAGUGGCAGUGUAGUGGCUAGGCGCGCAGCGGCAAUCAGCUGACAGCUUAGAGACAGCGCUCUCUGAGAUGUGACGAUGGAGGUCCAGCAGAUGCCUUCAUCUACCAGAGAAGUGUUCCACGACAACAACCCUCCGAACAUGGUCACCACUUCCUACGAGCACCAGAGUUCCCAAACAUUCAAGGCAAGAGAUUCCUCUGUUGACUCUGGCAUCCACCCUGCAUCCAACAUCUCUCCGAUAUGUUCAUUGUCCGACACGGACUCUGAAAUUCUCCAAGCUUUUUCGAGUCAGACAUUGCCUCCUGAGGGGACCCAAAGACUCAGCAGUCAUGAGACUGACAACCUUGUAGAGGAGGUCUAUCUGGCUCAAGAUUCCCUCCAUCAGUUAAAUGAGUCAAUACAAUUAUCCAAUCUAAAAGGAAACGAGAAUUGUGGUGAAGAUGGAACGUUUCACGCCUCCCCGUACCUCAUCCCAGGAGACAGCUCUAGCAGGAACAGUGUAGAAUCCAACCACACCCCAAACAUCAAUGUUAAAAAUGUUCCUAAAGAAGAGGAUCUACUGGCUACCAAGAACAGCAUGCCGCCAAGACACCUGAAGCCCAGCUACAACAAGAACAUUGCAGGUGUCGGUGAUGACAAAUCUCGGUACUACGUGAAUCAAUGUGAGCUCAAGUCCAGGAUCAAACAGAUACCUAUUAGUGAAGGUGUAAUAGCUGCUUCGACUCUCCAAGGUUCAGAUGUACAGGUAGAGGUGGUGGUGGCUAUAGACCUCGGAACCACCUACAGCGGCUACGCCUACUGCUACACUCGGCAUCACUUUGACAAGGAGGUUCAUAUGAUGAGGAACUGGGAAGGUGGAGACCCUGGUCUAAAUAACCAGAAAAUCCCGACAACGCUGCUGAUAAGCCCCGAAGGGUUGUUUCAUUCGUUUGGGUUUGCGGCUAGAGAUUUUUACCAUGACCUUGAACCACAAGAUGCAUGCAGAUGGUUCUACUUUGACAAGUUCAAGAAAACUUUACAUAAUAAUCCGAAUAUAAAGCAAGACACGAAAAUAUCUGCGGCAAAUGGGCAACGGUUUCCAGCAGUUGACAUUUUCAGCAUGGCGUUGCGUUACCUGAGCCGUCAAGUGCUCACAGAACUCAGUGACCAAGGAGGUGGAGUCACCCAGAAGAAUGUACGAUGGGUCGUCACCGUUCCGGCCAUAUGGAGUCAUGGGGCAAAACAGCUGGUACGCGAGGCAGUAUACAAGGCAGAAAUCUGCUCGAGAGAUCACCCUGAAGCUUUGAUCAUUGCUCUAGAACCGGAAGCUGCCGCUGUUUGGUGUAAAAACCUGAGGUUUGAUCAGCUGGAUGGAAGACACAUCUCAAAAGAUCAAUAUCAACAGAGUAGUCAAGGCAACUGCUACGUCAUAGUGGACUGCGGAGGAGGUACUGUGGACGUCACUGUCCACAAACUCCAUCACCCUAGAGGUCCUUUGAAGGAAUUGUACAAGGCGUCCGGAGAACCGUGUGGAUCACUUGGGGUUGAUGAGGAAUUUGAUCGUCUUCUUGGAUCUGUAUUUGGGUUCUCUUUCAUGACGAGGCUUCGACAGGAGCGACCAGCUGCUUACACAGAACUCAUGCUGAGUUUUGAAUCUCGGAAACGCAGUGUGUUACCGUCUCGGUCCACAUCUCUCAAUGUAUCUUUGCCAUUUGCUUUCAUUGAUUUCUACCAGAGUGCAACUGGAAGACAGGUUAAAGACGCAGUGAAAGAAUAUAACAACGCUCAGCUGACCUGGUCGACACAGGGGAUGUUGCGCAUUAGUGCUCAGCUGAUGUCAGAACUGUUUCUGCCCACAAUUGAUAACAUAACCAAGCACGUCGAGGGAGUACUCACAGCUCCAGAAGUAAUAGAAUCUUCCAAGUACUUAUUUCUUGUUGGAGGAUUUGCUGAAUCAGGCCUACUACAAGAAGCAAUACGGAAAAAACUGAGAGAACUGAAUGCUCCACCUCCUAUAAUUCCUCAGGGCGUAGCUCUCUGUGUUCUGAAAGGGGCUGUUCUGUAUGGACUCAAUCCUGAAGUGGUUAUCAUGCGAAAGUCUCAACACACUUAUGGCAUCGGUGUUCUCAAACCGUUUCAGCGUGGUAUCCACCCUCUAGAGAAAUUGGUGCUGCGGGACAAUCGAGAGUGGUGCGCCGACGUGUUCGACACUCUGGUGAGCGUGAACCAGAGCUUGUAUGCAGGAGAGUCUGUACUGCGUAGAUACACCCCAGCUAACCCUAGCCAGAACGUUAUCAUACUUCACAUUUACUGUACAGACGCCACCCAACCUCAGUUUGUGACAGACGAAGGUGUGCAACGGGUUGGAACUUUGAGGCUGGAGCUUACAUCGGAACUCGGACGGGAUAAACCGCGGGAGAUUCUCACAAGACUGAUUUUCUCGAGUACAGAGCUGACAGUGAGUGCUAUGGACCUGGAGACAGCCAGUUACACUGACACCAGCUUGACAUUUCUCUCUUGACAUCUGAUUCUGGCAACAGUCAUCUGAUCCUUUUUAGUUUAUUUUCUCAGCUUUUCAACAUACUGUAGUAUGAAAUAUUUGGGAUAAUAUUGUUUUAGAUGGUGAGAUACAUUCAGUUGAUAGGUUACCCACUACUACUUUCAUCAUUACAUAUUAAUUUUAAUAAUGUCAACAUCAAUAGACUUAAAACAAUGUAGAUACAUUUAAUUGUAAUAGGUUUACAAAUGUUAUUAAAAUUAAAGCAUUUUAUUUGAAUUUGUGAUACACACUGACUCAUAAUGUUUAUAUGAUAAAAUGUUUGCAUUACACAAGUAUCUGAUAACACACAUGUUAUUGUAAAUUUAUUCAAUCUUUAUUUAGAAGUGAGUUUGUUCCUAUAAACCUGUGUUACGUUAAUCAUUUAAAAAUGUAUUAUUUAAUGUAAAUAAAGUAUAAACUAAAAUAAAAUU